AUGUUCCGUGCCUUGUGCCUCCUCGCUGUGCUUUCUACGGCCAGCGCCUGCAAGCCCUGCACAUGUGGCACUGUUCGCGGUGCUCGAGUGGUAGGUGGGGGCGCGCUCACUCCAGGCGAAUUUCCCUGGCUAGCAGCUCUGAAGAGAGACGGAAAACUUAUCUGUGGGGCAACCGUCGUCGCGAGAGACCACCUCAUCACCGCCACCCAUUGUGUUUACGAAGUCGAGGCAUCCCGUCUAACUGUGUUGGUAGGAGAAUACGAUGUGAACAACUCCAAAUCAGAUGGCUUCCCUGUAUCUCACGUGAUUCAGCAUCCGGAUUUCAAUCGAUAUACUUAUGAUAACGACAUCGCUGUGUUGAGGCUUUCAGAGCCACUACCAGACAAAUUGUACCGACCAGCUUGUUUGCCCGAUGAUGAGGAUGCUCUUGGAGGUGUAGAUGCUGUUGUUUCUGGAUGGGGCAGUACUAUAGAAAAAGGACCACCAUCUAGCAUUCCUAUGAAAGCAGAAGUACAAAUCUGGUCACAAGAGGACUGUACGGGUGCUGGAUAUGGUCGUAGAAAAGUGACGCCCCGUAUGAUAUGCGCAAAUGCUCCUGAGAGAGAUUCGUGCACUGGUGAUUCUGGAGGUCCACUCUUGAUGGCGCAGCCACAUUAUACUAUUGUUGGAAUCGUGUCAUGGGGUCGAGGAUGUGCAAGACAAGGAUAUCCCGGAGUAUACGCUAGAGUAGAUAGAUUUAGACCUUGGCUAAAAUUGGCUUUAAGACAUGCGUGCACUUGCCUGCCGCCUAACUCAAUUUACAUA